AUGGAUCUGGAAGGUUGCGAGCUCAGCCGAGUUGCCGUGCAUCCUUCGGUGAGCAACCGGAUUGCGUUCGGAAUGAUCGAUGGCGCCAUCGCAAUGGGUAAUUUCGAUAACAGCGAAGUUGGAAUGGAAACCCUGGAUGAUCCACUGUUCGAGGUAAGGAUGUUCAUGUUUUCGUUUUUGUUUUUUCGGGGCUUUUUUUGUAAAGUUUGA